UUUUCUUUCUUUUUAUUCACUUUCAACUACUUGACAGCCGCUUAUCACAAAUUGCAAAUUACAAAUUACAAAUGGCCGACUACGAAAUGUCCUGCACCUGCGAUGUUGCCCCUGGCAACCGCCCACACCGCCACCGCGAGCUACAGCCCGAGCCCGUCAUUCUCGACAGCAUUCUGGAUCAUAUUGGCAACACGCCUCUUGUCAGGCUGAACCGCAUUGCCGCAAGCGAGGGGCUCCAGUGCGAGCUGCUGGCCAAAUGCGAGUACUUUAAUGCCGGCGGCUCUGUCAAGGACCGCAUUGCCCAUCGUAUUCUCGAAGAGGCCGAGGCUGACGGCCUGAUCAAGCCUGGAUUCACCAUCAUCGAGGCUACCUCGGGAAACACCGGCAUUGGCCUUGCCUUGGCCUGCGCAGUCAAGGGAUACAAGUGCAUUAUCACGCUGCCCGAGAAGAUGUCGCAGGAGAAGGUCGAUGUCCUGCGCGCGCUCGGCGCCCAGAUUAUUCGCACUCCGACGGAGGCCGCCUGGGACUCGCCACAGUCGCACAUUAGCGUCGCCAACAGGCUGCACAAGGAAAUCCCCAACUCUAUUAUCCUCGGCCAGUACACCAGCCCGUACAACCCUGUGGCCCACUACGACAGCACCGCUGAGGAGAUCCUGCGCUCGUGCAACAACCAGCUCGACAUGCUCGUGUGCGGAGCCGGCACCGGAGGCACCCUUAGCGGCAUCGCUCGCAGAAUCAAGGAACGUUGCCCCGAGUGCAUCAUUGUCGGCGUCGACCCUAUUGGCUCCAUUUUGGCGCAGCCCGAGAGCCUGAACAACGCGACCACCGGGGUUUACUUUGUCGAAGGAAUCGGCUACGAUUUCAUCCCCGAGACCCUCGACCGGUCGCUGGUCGAUCACUGGAUCAAGAUUACCGACAAGCCUUCGUUCACCAUGGCGCGCCGCCUCAUCCGCGAAGAAGGCAUCCUGUGCGGCGGGUCCUCGGGCGGCGCCGUAUGGGCUGCGAUUGAAGCUGCGCGCGGCCUGGGCCCUGGCAAGCGUGUUGUCACCAUCUUGCCGGAUUCCGUGCGCAACUACAUGACGCGCUUCCUCAACGACGACUGGAUGAAGAAGCAUGAUUUCUUGGAUAAGGACGAGGAGAUCCGUAAGCGCAACGAGCGCGAUGCCAUGUGGACCGGAGCCCGCGUCAAGGACCUCAAGCUUAAUCGCGCUGUGGUCAUUGGGAUGGACACCCCAGUUUUGGAGGCUGUGGAGCUGAUGAAGGACAAUGGCUUUGACCAGCUCCCUGUCAUUAGCAGCCGCGGCAUCCUGCGCGGAAUCGUCACCCUCGGUAAUGUUCUUUCUCUUGUCACCACCGGCCGUGUCAACUCGAACGGCAAAGUGGCCGACGUUAUGUUCCGCUUCCAGACGGGCGGCGGUUCGUCAAAGAAGUUCCGCGAGAUUACCCCUGAGACUCCCCUGGGCGAGCUCGAGCACUUUUUCGAAAACAAUAUCGCUGGUAUUGUCACCGAGCGCCUGUCCAUUGAUGAAGACCGCGUGGCGUUCAAGCCCGUGCAUGUUGUUACUGCUGUCGACUUGCUGACUUACUUGAUGAGGGUGAAGAAGUAAGGACUCAUAAUUACCUUUUUGUCUAUUGAUUUAAAACUUACAUUAAAUUAUAAAGGCAGUCAAGCCCCUUUUAACUAUUC